AUGUCUUCCUCAUCAAGUGAUGAAGUAGAUGAAGCUUUAGAUGAAAUUGUGGACGAAGUAGUCGAUAAUUACAUCGACUCAAUGCAAAGAAGAAAUGCUCAUGGGAGGUUGGGGCUAUCUGCACUUCAAAAGUGUACGGCAGCAAUACGUAUGCUGGCAUACGGACAAUCGGGAGAUAUGUAUGACGAAUAUCUCCGACUAGGUGAAAGUACUUCACGUUUAUGUUUGGAUAAUUUCACUAAUGGGAUUAUACAAUUGUUUGGAGCUGAGUAUUUAAGAAGACCUACACCGGCGGAUCUUCAACGAUUACUCGAUGUUGGAGAGGCACGGGGGUUUCCAGGGAUGGUAGGCAGCAUCGAUUGUAUGCAUUGGGAGUGGAAAAACUGCCCAACGGCUUGGAGAGGGCAGUUUACACGUGGUUCAGGAAAGCCGACAAUUGUCUGA